AGACAUUAUUAUGAAGAAGGAAUUCACGUACUCCAAAUUAUUGUGUGCAUCUCAUUCCUUAUCGGCUUUAGAGAAGCAAUUUAGUUAUUCUUAGAGGUUUAUAGCCGGAAAUCUGUUAAGUCAACGUAUAUAUCCGAAAUGAGCAACAGUUUGUUGAAGGUGUUUGUUUACGGAACCUUAAAAAAUGGUCAACCCAAUCACCACUGGCUAACAAACACUUCAAAUGGCUUGGCGAAAUUCCUGGCACAAGGAAAAACGAAAGAUUUAUUUCCGCUGGUGAUAGCUACUCCGUAUAAUGUUCCGUUUCUUCUAAAUAAUCCUGGAAUCGGACUUAACAUUAAAGGAGAGAUCUACGACAUUGACGAAAGAAUGUUGGGACAAUUAGAUAUCCUUGAAGACUACCCGAGACUCUAUGAUCGACAAAUACAGGAUAUUGUCACUUGUGAUGGGAUCAUUCAGUGUUGGAUGUAUUUGUUAAAGAGUUUUCCAAAUCAACUACUCGACAAACCCCAUAUGGACGAAUAUAAAAACUCCAUUGAAAUGCCGUACAUAGAAAGUUAUAUCACCAACUGUACGCCGGACGAUUUGAUUGGUGAUUCGGCAAAUUUAUGAUAAAAUAAAUGCUCGUGUUAGUGGUCAUCUGUUAUCGAUAGCGACGAUAAAAAUGAGCAAUACAUUCGACUAACGUGGUUUUCCUAUAUUAUAACAACCUGUAUGUGAAAACUGUUUGGUAAUUAUAUAGACUAAUAUGUUGCU